AUGUUGGAUGACCUUGAUUUUGAGGCCACAAAUCUGAAACUGAAUCUUUCAAAUUCAAGGCCAAUAGGCAAGGUCAAGGCUAAGACAGGACCCAUACGUUACUUUGAAAGUUGGAUGUCUUCAAGAGUGUCUCCAAACAUAUCUGACCUAGUUCCUGCAGAUGGAAAUUGUUCAUACGGUAUUCACUGGGUCUGGGUUUCUAUGGGACAAUGUGUAAUGGAUGCUCGUGGUGGUUUUGCUCUAUUCUGUGGAUUUGUCUGCUUAGUUAUUUGGAUUGCAGUGGGAAUACCUCAAAUAAUUGAGAAUUUUCGAACAGGAAUUCCAGACAAGGCUCUUUCAUUUGGUUUCUUAUCACUUUGGACUUUUGGUGAUGUUUGCAACUUGAUAGGCUGUUUUUUAACUCAUCAACUCAUUAUGCAGAUUGUUGUAACAGGCUACUGUAUUGUUAGCGACUUGGUUCUUGUGUUUCAAUUCAUCUAUUACAAACUUCGACACCAGGCUAUUUUACGUCAAAUGGCUACCAUCUUGAAAGAGGGUCAAGUAUCUCCCGUCAGAAGUGCUUCACCUACUAGUUCUGAUGACUUAGAACAAACUGACAGACCUGAAGAACAUCGAAGACUUCCUGUUUCUUUUAUUGGUGUAACAGGGUUAACUUUGGCAGCUCUUACAAUAACCUCUAUCGGAAGUUUAUUCGAUAUUAAUAUACCUCAACAACAGAUCACUGGUAAAAUCCCCUACCAAUCGAGAAGACUAUUGGAAUGGAAAGAAUAUGAGUUGAGUGAUACUAGAAUACUGGAUUCAGACCCUUUAGAUGGGGUAGUCACUAAAGUGGGUUAUACUCUUGGAUGGAUUUCUACAUGUUUGUACCUGUUUUCCAGACUACCACAAUUAUUUCGCAAUUGGAAACGUAAAUCUACUGUAGGUCUUUCAUUAUUCAUGUUCUAUAUGACUGUGACGGGUAAUUUGUCUUACGGUGCCCAAAUCUUUCUAUCAUCCACUGAAAGAAACUACUUAAUUCGAGCUGUACCAUGGAUAAUUGGGAGUUUUGGAGUGGUUUUAUUAGAUAUGUUCAUACUGUUUCAGUUCUGUCUUUAUCGAUCAAGACAACGUCAAGAUGACAGUCAUGGCAACGUGAAUCAUGAUCAAACGAAUUUAUUAGACUCAAAUGAUAAUCAAACUGAAGUUGUCUAA